AUACUAAAAUUUUCAAUCGUUAGAAUUACAUAACCUACUUUUUGACGUUUUUAGAUGUAAUUUCAUUUUAAUUUAUUUUUCACGGGGCAGUUGGAUAUUAAUAAAUUCGAUAAUUGUUUAAAAUGUAGAUUUGAAAUUAAUUUAAAACGACAUUUUAAGUGGUCCUGUAUCUAUAACUAAACGCUUACUAUAAAAUAGAAAUGGGUAGUAGAUCAACAAAUGCAGUUCUCUCAUUCCACGAAAGUUUAUUACGACAAGCAGAUGUGGAUCUCCUGAAAGGCCCGAAUUGGCUUAAUGAUACGUUAAUUUCCUUUUACUUUGAAUAUUUAGAAAUCAAACGUUUUCAAAAAAAUCCGAUAUUGUUAUUUGUUCCACCUGAUGUAACACAAUGUGUCAAGAUGUCAAGAAGAGGAGAUCUGGGAACAUUUUUAGACCCUCUAGAUGCAAAAAGACGUGAAUUUAUAUUUUUUGCACUAAACGACAAUGAGCAAACUGAUCAUUCUGGUGGGUCCCAUUGGAGUUUGUUGGUUUUUUCUCAUCCUGAGCGAAUGAUGUUCCAUUUUGACUCUUCACGUGGUUCUAAUCAAGAGCAGGCUCUUGAAUUGAGUAUAAAACUCCUGCAGUAUUUCAAUAUGCCUACAUAUGGUGCUUUUACAGAAGCUGCAAGUUUGCAGCAGUCAAAUAGUUAUGACUGUGGAAUUCAUAUAUUAUGUAAUGCAGAGCAUAUAGCAGAUUAUGCUUGUAGAUCCAGAAAAAUUGAAAAUUGUCCUUUAGUUGAUAGACAAACUGUGAUAAGAAAAAGGAGUGAACUGUUGGAACUCAUCUACACGCUUCAGAAUAGUCAAUGAUACAAACUCUGUCUUAGACCAUUUUACAAUUCACAUUUCCAUGACAUUUUUGUACACAUAACGGUAUGAAUUAAGGUAUUAAUAGCAAUGAAUUAAUAUUUAAUAGAAUGGUAUUUACACUGCCCAUAUUAAUAAUUAAAAAAAA